GUGGUGAUGAAAUUGGGUAUAUUGUGUAAAUUUUGUAAGUAUAAGGGUCCUCAUAUAAUUUAUGAUCUAAUAUCACCGCAUGAUCUUCACUGUUGAUUGUAUUCCUCACAGAUCUAGAGCUUCAUCUCUUUCAUUUUCAUUUUCAUUCGAAAAAUUGCCGGGUUUAAGCCAUUCAAAUUUGCCCCAAUUUGUUUCCCCUCACAAUAAGCAUCAAAUCAAAAUCUGAGAAUCUUGUUUGAAGGAAAUUUGAUCUGGGUUUUCAUGCUAUUGCUGUGUUGAUCAAAUUUUCGAUCCGCGAAAAGUCCGAUGAAGACAGGUAAUGCUCCUAUUCGAGAUCGGACGCAGGAGUUCUUUGGGAUAGCGGAGAGGGUAAAGAAGCAUUCCUCCACCCAGAAUGGGCCGAGCAGCAGCCGAUCGAAGCCGGAAGAGGCGCCGCCGCGGUCGGCGGUGGCUCUGCAGUCGGAGUUCAACCGGAGGGCGUCGAGAAUCGGGUUCGGGAUUCAUCAGACGUCGCAGAAGCUAGCUAAGCUCGCAAAAUUGGCAAAAAGGACGUCGGUUUUUGAUGACCCCACCAUGGAAAUCCAGGAGCUAACUGCAGUUAUUAAGCAGGAUAUAACAGCCCUUAAUUCUGCAGUGGUCGAUCUCCAGCUCCUCAGCAGCUCGCGUAAUGAUAGUGGGCAGACAUCCACCGACACAACCUCUCAUUCCACGACAGUUGUUGAUGAUUUGAAAAAUCGUCUGAUGAGCACGACAAAGGAGUUCAAGGAUGUCCUAACCAUGCGAACUGAGAACUUGAAAGUCCACGAAAACAGGCGACAGUUGUUCUCUUCCUCAGUUUCCAAGAAUCCUACAAACCCUUUCAUUCGUCAGCGCCCUUUGGCGACAAUGUCUGCUGCCGGAACAUCAUCCUCGCCUCCUCUUCCAUGGGCGAGCAGUAGAGAACCUUCUUCUCAAAUGCUUUCGAAGAAUCAGGUGGAUGGGGAAUCUCAGCCGUUACUACAUCAGCAACAAAACCAACAACAGCAAAUGGUUCCGCUUCAAGACAGCUACAUGCAGAGUAGAGCCGAAGCUCUUCAAAACGUGGAGUCAACUAUUCAUGAGCUGAGCAGUAUCUUCAAUCAGCUAGCAACCUUAGUUUCCCAGCAAGGAGAAAUCGCUAUCAGGAUUGAUGAGAACAUGGACGAUACACUGUCGAAUGUUGAGGGCGCACAGGGAGCAUUGCUCAAGUAUCUCAACAGCAUCUCCUCUAAUCGGUGGCUGAUGAUCAAGAUCUUCUUUGUAUUGAUUUUCUUUCUCAUGAUAUUUCUAUUCUUUGUGGCCUAAUGAGAUACAUGUAUACAGUGGUUGAAGUUAGAAUCUGCAAAUCGGGUGCGAUAUUUCAAAAUAUAUCCUUGUACUAUUUUUGUCUCUAUAAAUCGCUGCCGUGUAGCUAGAAGGAAUGUGUAAUUGAUGAAUUUCUUGUGAAUUUUAUCAUACGAUAGGAUAUGAUUACGACAAAAGAGAUAAUAUUCACCGUGAUGAAAAGGUUAGGAAUAUGUGUGAUUGUAAUAUUUGUCUGAUUUUUGAGUUGUGAAACCAUUUUGGAACUGUGUUUUUGUACCUAAAGGAUUGUGGAUUUGAUGUUUAUUUUUAUCCUCACUUUAUUUCUU